AUGCAGUUCACUCUCUCCGCUAUUGUUCUCGGCCUCGCUGCCACCGUCGCUGCUCUCCCUCCUCCCUCCGCUGGAGGUGUCGGCAACGGUAACGGCGUUGGCAACAAGGGUAACACCCAAGUUCGCUUCCCUGUCCCUGACAACUUGACUGUCAAGCAGGCUCAGGCCAAGUGCGGUGACCAGGCUCAGCUCUCUUGCUGCAACAAGGCAGUCUACGCUGGUGAUACUACUGAUGUUAACUCUGGCCUCCUCGGCGGUACCCUCAGCAACUUGAUUGGUGCUGGUUCCGGUGCCGACGGUCUUGGUCUCUUCGACCAGUGCUCUAAGCUCGACCUCCAGAUCCCCAUCAUUGGAAUCCCCAUCCAGGACAUUGUCAACCAGCAGUGCAAGCAGAACAUCGCCUGUUGCCAGAACUCGCCCUCUACUGCCGACUCGGACCUCGUGGGUGUUGGUCUCCCUUGCAUUGCCCUCGGCUCCAUCAUCUAA